AUGGCGGGCUCCGAUUCGGAUGUGCGCCCGGGCAGCGAGAGCCCCAAGGAGGACGACGCCACCAAGGCGACACGGGAAGAGCUGAAGCACACGGCAAUCUCGGAGAAGAAGCAAGACGGAGGAGACCAGUGGCGGGCGCUCACGCCACCCGAUGUCCUCAAAGAGCAGGUUGGGUCGCCCAAGAAGAAGCGAGCCCACGACGAGGUUGAUGAUGACGACGACGACAACAGCGACGGACACCCGCUACGGUCCCGGAGCAAGAUGGGCGAGCGGUCGGACGAUGAGGACGGGGCGGCGGCUGCGGAUGCUGCGUCUGCCAGCGGUGCGUCCAAUGGCGGCAGCGGCGGCGAAGGCGGGCGAUCAGACUGCGCCGAGCCCGACAAGAAACGGCUGCGCGACCAAGAUGCAGUGACGACUACUUCUGCCGACGGGAAAGGCAGCCCGAAGAAAGACGACAAGCCAGUGGCAGUGCCAUCUCCUGCAGCCUUUGCAACCUCGGGCUUUGCCAAGCUGACCAGCACGACAUCGCCCUUUGGCUCGCUCGCCGGUGCAGGAGCGGCCACCAAGCUGUCUCUCUUCGGCUCCGCUUCGGCCUCGGCGAUGGCAUCGCCGUUCGGCGCCCUCGGUGGCGGUAGCAACACAGCGAAGCCCGUAUUGGCGCCCACGGUACCGAAGCUCAGCUUUGGUGGUGCUAGUGCGUCGGCGUCGCCCUUCGCCAGCGUGACGGCUGCGCCACCAGGCAAGCUGUUCGGAAGCCCCUUUGGCACGACCACGGGCAGUGGAUUUGGCAGCGGCGGCAACAGCUUUGGCGGCAGUGCCACGGGCAGCAGUGUGUUCGGGGGCGGACUCUCGAAUGCACGACUGACGAGCUUUGCCAAGCCGGGCGCGGCGUUUAAGAGCGACAAGCCGGCCAGGCCGUUUGGGGCACCGGAAAGCGAGGCAGAAGAGAGUGAGGGCUCGGAGAACGGAUCUGGCGCGGACGAGGAUGACAAGGCCGACUCGGCCGAAGGCAACGAAGAGGGCGGCGAAGCAAAGGAGGCGGAUGAGCGGAGUAAGAUGGGCGGCGAGGAGAAGAAGAGGCCGAAGCUGCAGAGAGUUGUGGUCAACGACGGCGAGAUGGGUGAGGCAACGGUGAUACAGGUGCGAGCACGGAUGUACUAUCUCGACAAGGACCUAGGCGGCUGGAAGGAGCGCGGUGCUGGGAUGCUCAAGCUCAACGUGCCGGAAGGCUGUGUGGAGUACGACCGGGACGGCAACGUGAUCCCGGCGUCGUUUGACGCGUCGAUGCUAGGCGGCGACAAGGACGACGACGGCGACGACGACGCCAAGAGCGACGUCGAGUCGGCAGCAGCCGGACACGGCUCGACUCGGGCGGCGGCCGUGCCAACGCGAACGGUUGUGCGGCUGAUCAUGCGGCAGGACUCAACGCACCGGGUGAUUCUCAACACGGUGGUGCUGGCGGCGACCCAGUUCCAGGACCACCAGAUGCUCAAGGCAACGACGGUGCUGUUUACGGCGUUUGAGGGCGAGGAUGCCAAGCCGGUCAGCGUGCAGAUGAAGGAUCUCAAGCGGCAAGUGGCUGACGCCAAGACGGGCGAGCCACGACGGCCAACGCAGCGACUGCGGAACGAGCGACUGCGGCUGCCGGUGUACGGACAGAAGCAGAUGGCCGGACUGAUCGAGAAGCGGCGACGACGGUUUGCAGCGGCGGUGGAGGCCUUUCUGGGAGGAGAGGCGGGGGACGGUGGAGGGGAGGAGGCUGAAGCAGCUCUACGACAGGCAGCAGAGGCGUUUAUGCCUCGAGAGGGUGUGAAGAGUGGAAGCAAUCAAGACAGGAACGAGGACAACCAGGAGGAGGACAAGGUUGACGACAACGACGACGACGACGACGACGACGACGACGACGGAAUACCGAGGUCGAUCCCAGAGCAGCGCAAGAGCAUUGCGGAAAUCGUGUCAGAAUUGCAGCGGCAGCGAUGGUACAGCGGACAGAUCGUGGCAGACGGUCACCGGGUGCAGGAGGCACGAGAGGCAGAGUACGGGACAUUAAAAUAUCUGUUGAGCCAGGACGUGGUGAACGCAUUGUACAAUGCCAAGGGCAUCACGCAGUUCUACCGGCACCAGGCAGAGGCACUCAACGGGCUGCAGGCAGGCAGCCACGUGGUGGUGGCGACGGCAACGAGCUCUGGAAAAUCACUGAUCUACCAGCUGCCGGUAGUGCAGGCGCUGGAGGAGACCAGCGGACAGGCACGGGCGCUGUACGUGUUUCCGACCAAGGCGCUGGCGCAGGACCAGCUGCGAAGCCUGCAGGAGCUGCUAGGAUGGAUGCCGGGGUGGAGCUCGAGCCAGGAGAGGCUGGACGAGGCGGUAGCGACGUUUGACGGCGACACGCCAUGGCGAGAGCGAGAGGCGAUCCGGGAGCGAGCACGGGUGGUGUUUACAAACCCAGACACGAUACACGCGGCGAUUCUACCACAGGAGCAGCGUUGGCGAGGGUUCUUUGCCCAGCUGCGGAUCGUGGUGGUGGAUGAGCUGCACUGCUACGACGGGCUGCUGGGGACACACAUGGCGUUUGUGAUGCGACGACUGCGGCGGCUAUGUGCGGCGGUAGGCAACGAGGGAGUGCAGUUUGUGGGAUGCUCGGCGACAGUGGCGAAUCCAGGAGGACAUUUCGGAGCAUUACUGGGGGUAGCAGCCGAGACAGUGACAGUGGUGGAGCGAGACGGAGCGCCAUCAGGUCAACGGGACUUUCUGUGCUGGAACACGCCGUUCCGGGUGGCAGGCGACGCAGCGAGCGGCCGGGGCAGUGGGCUGCACGAGACGGCGCGGCUGUUUUGCGAGCUGCUGCUGCGCGGAGUGCGGACGGUGGCCUUUUGCCGGGUGCGGGAGCAAUGUGAGCAGCUGGUGGCAGCUGUGCGGACAAAUCUGCGACAGCGCGGACGGGCGACCGAGGCGGAGCGCGUGAUGAGCUACCGGGGCGGCUACGGGGCAGCAGAGCGGCGAGGCAUCGAAGCAGACAUGUUUGCCGGACGGCUGCUGGGCGUGGUGGCGACGACGGCGCUGGAGCUGGGCGUCGAUGUCGGCGUGCUCGAUGCCGUGCUCACUUGGGGGUUCCCUUACUCUCUGGCCAGCUUACGUCAGCAGAGUGGAAGAGCCGGACGACGGCGAGGACGGGACGCGCUGGCGGUGUUGGUAGGGGGGCCCUUUGCGACAGACCAGCACUACAUGAGACAACCAGAGCUGCUGUUCUCGCAGGAGCUGCCACCGCUGCGACUAGACCUGAAGAGCCUGCUGGUGCGCGAAGCCCACGUUCAGUGUGCAGCAGCCGAGCUGCCGAUCCGGCCAGACGUCGACGGCGGCUAUUUUGGCGACGACCUGGCAGCGCUCUGUGCAGCGCGUCUGGUGUGCGACGACGCCACGGGCUUCUACCACUGUCACGAGCGGUUCCGGCCACAUCCAUGGCGGCUCGUGGGGCUGCGAGGAGGCGCAAGCGACGAUGAGGAGCCGCCGUUUGCGAUUGUCGACGUGGGCGCACGGUCAGAGCCGAUCGUGCUGGAAGAGCUCGAGGCAGAGCGGGCAACGUUUACGCUCUACGACGGGGCGAUCCACCUGCACCAGGGGGCCAAGUACCUGGUGCGCAACUUUGAUCCAGGGCGCCGAGUGGCCGAAGUGGUGCGGGUUCAGGUCGCGUGGACGACGCGGCAGCGGGACUUUACCGACGUGGACCCGGUCGAGACGGAAGCAGUGCGGGCGGUGAGAGCCAAGGAAGCCGUCUGGAAGGGUGGGCAAGAGCGGACGAUGGCUUCGCUUGGCCGCAUCCGCAUCACGCAGACCGUCUUUGGCUUCUUCAAGGUCGACGGCCGCGAUCGGAUCUUGGAUGCGGUCCAGGUCGACAACCCGCCGGUCGUGCGGGAGAGUCGCGGCACCUGGCUGGACCUGCCGGCCCGUGGUCUUGCCGUGCUGCAGCGCCGUCGUCUGCAUGCGGCCGCGGCCAUCCACGCGGCCGAGCACGCCGUCUUGGGUCUGCUGCCAGCCUUUGUCGUCAGCAGUCCGGGCGACGUGCGGACCGAGUGCAAGAGCCACAUCAAGGAGUUUUCUGCCACUGAGACGCGUCGUCGUCGUCCAGCCCGUCUCGUCUUUUACGACGCCCGCGGCGGUCCGGCUGGUCUCGGCAUCGCUGCCCGCGCCUUUGACUUUGUCGACGUGCUGCUGCCACAGGCUCUGGCCCGCGUCGAGGGGUGUGUGUGUGGGGGCGUGAGCACCUCUGCCGGCUGCUCGGAAUGCGUCGUCUGGCAGCACUGCGGCGAGGCCAAUGCCGUGCUCAGCCGCGCCGGCGCCGUUGUCGUCCUCCGCAGCCUUCUCGGACUGCCCAUCGACGAGGACCGCCUGCCGCUCGGGCCCGAGGCUGGCAUCCCCCCCGGAACAGAGACGGUCGUGCUGGCACAGCCGGUGCCGGGUGCGCGGCAGGAUGGACGGGACAAAAAGCCUACAUUGCCAGCAUCGCCAACAUCAUCAUCGCCAACAUCACCAGAUGCUGUAAAGCUCGAACUAGAAUAG